UCUCACUGCAGCAAAAGAGGAAACAGGAGCAGGGGCAGAGGGCUCUGACUUCCCACUACUUCAUUGUGACAAGUUGGUGGCACUAAGCCCAAGGAAAAUCCCACUUGCACGUCUCAUUUUCUCACUUGGAGUCGCCAAAAGGGCUUUUUUUGGUUUUUAUUCUGCCUUCUCCUGUUGUCUCAGAUACUCUCCCAGAAGAGAAGCUUGUUCCCAAGUGCCGUUAGGGGCAGAGCUGUCAGAUGGACUUUGCUGAGGGGGAGCUGCCCACACACAGAAGCUGGGCACGGCUGCAGUGUCCCCGUCCCGCUGUGACCCUUGCACUGCUCCAGCUGGGAAUGACAACAAGGGAUGUGAGCCCCAGGAGCAGCACAGCUGCAAAGCACAGCCUGGCCAAGGCUCUCUACGACAACAAGGCCGAGAGCUGUGACGAGCUGGCGUUCCGCAGAGGGGACAUCCUGACGGUGCUGGAGCAGCACGUGCCGGGCAGCGAGGGCUGGUGGCGAUGCUCCCUGCACGGCCACCGCGGCCUGGCCCCCGCCAACCGCCUGCAGCUCCUGCCGCCGGGCCCGGCCCGCGGCCAGCACCCCACGAAGCCUCCAGAGGCACACAACAUCUACCAGGUGCCCUCCGUGCCCUCUGUGCCCAAGGCCACGGCGCUGUCGGCCACCUACGAGAAGAUGGAGGGUUGGGUUCAGCCGCCGGCCGUCCCUGCCCAGGCCGUGUACCAGGUGCCAGCCCUGGCGGCGCAGCUGCUCAGCGAGAGGACCAAGCGCUCCACACACCAGCACCUGUUUACCCUCCCAAGAGCCUGCCGGGCUUCAGCCCCAAACAUCAGGGGUGAGGUGUACGAUGUCCCCUCCUCACAGCACCGUGGGUCCCUGCUCCCACAGAGUGCUGCCACCCCACCCAGCACACGGAAGGGCUCCGUGCUGGGCAGAUCCACUGAGAGUUUCCAGGCAGAGCAAAAGAAGCUUUACAACAUCCCAUCCAAGCCAGAAAAAGCAGGAGCUGGCAGCCAGAAGGAUUCAGCAGCAGGCAAUUUAUAUGAUGUCCCUCCCAAAAGAGAACUCGAUGACUCAGAAAAUAAAUCUCAGAAGAAGUGCUGGGGCCAUUUCAACACUUUGCCAAACCCUCGGAAGUCCGAAUGGAUUUACGAUAUUCCAGUAUCCCCUGAAAAUUCCGGGUUCAAAGCAAACCCUCCUGGCCAGUGUGUGGAGAAGCAGGUGCUGUAUGACAUUCCCCCAGCCAGGUACAAGGCUCCAGCCACAGCCACCGAAGCCAAGGUUGGAAAUGCACAGUUGUACCACAUUCCACCGCCCCAGCGGAAAUUAACGCUUCCAGAAAUCCCCCUCUACGACGUUCCAUCCUCACGGGACGUGCUCCUCCUGCCACAGAAUGGCAGCUCUGAGGUGCCCCCGAGUCUCCUGGCUGCCAAAGCUGAGAGUCAGAUCUCUGAGGAGAACGUUUAUGAUAUUCCCAAAGGUUUGCCCAGUGCUGGGCACUCCAAGAAAGAGAUGGAAAACAACAGUGACCAAGCACAUGGUGCUUCUCCACAGCUCUCUGUGAACGCCAAGUCAGAAAAUGACAGUUUGUGUGUCUCUAGUGUGGACAGCAGGAGCAGCACUCUGACCUCAGCCUCCAGCUCUUCUACUGAGUCAUCUUCUACGCUGUCACCAUCAGCAGAGCCUCUCCAAGAAAUCAAACUGGAGCUGGAGGCAGCCAUCGAGACCCUGACGCGGCUGCAGCACGGCGUGUCCAGCUCCAUCGCCAGCUUAAUGAUCUUUGUGAGCAGCAAGUGGAGAUUGCAGGAGCACCUGGAGAAAAGCCUGGAGGAGAUCCACAGAGCAGUGGACCACAUAAAUGUGUCAAUGGGAGAGUUCCUGGCUUUUGCUCAAGCCCUGAAGGGAAACGCCUCCAACCUCACGGAUAACAACCUGCAGGCCAGAAUUAAAAAACAGCUGGAAAUCCUCACGAACUCCUACAAAAUAUUGACAGAAACAAGGGAAGCUCUCAACAGCUGCAGCUGGUCCCUGGAGGCUUUGGUGCUCAGGAAGCCCCAGAACAAUCCUGACGACCUGGAUCGCUUCGUUAUGGUGGCCCGGACAAUUCCAGACGAUAUCAAGAGGUUUGUGUCCAUCAUCAUCGCCAACGGGAAGCUGCUCUUCAGGAAGAACCAGAAGGAACAAGAAAAGAAGCAACCAAAAGUUAACCCAGAAUGCAAAAUGGCAAAACAAAUCCCAGCGCCAAGAAGAGUAGAAAUUGAGUCACUCCAGAGAAAUGCUGCUGAGAAAUCCAGCCAAAGCCAGGUCCCUCUGCAGAAACCAGGAGGAAAUUCCAGCGAGGAUUGUGAUUAUGUGCAGUUACAGGCACAGAAAGUCAUUUCAGGUAAAGAAGUAGCAAAGAAGAGUACAGAGUCAAACCCAAAGGUCCUGCCAUGUGCAAAAAAGACUGAAAAUCUCAGCAGGCAGGAGCCUGCCAGGAAAACCCCCCUCCCAGAGCACUGCAGGCUGUGCUUCGCUGCCCUGCACAAGGCCAUCGGCGUCUUCACCACCAGCCUCAGCAACCAGCAGCCCCCCGAAAUCUUCAUCUCCCACAGCAAACUCAUCAUCAUGGUGGGGCAGAAGCUGGUGGAUUCGCUGUGCCAGGAAACCCAGGAGAGGGAGGCCCGGAGCGACGUCCUGCACAGCAGCAGCCGCUUCUGCAGCCUCCUCAAGAACCUGGCCCUGGCCACCAAAACCGCAGCCCUCAAAUAUCCCAGCGCAGAGGCCACCAGGGAGCUGCGGGAGCAGACCGAGGAGCUGGCCAAGUACACCCAGCAGUUCAGAGCCAUGAUGGACUGAGGGACCUGCCACUGCUGCUGCUCCUUUCGGCA